CUCUUUCUAUCUCUAGUCUUCACCUACAAAUAUACUUCUCUCUCUCUCUCUUUCUCUCUCUACAUCAUCAUGGAGACCACUGCACUUGUGCUCCAUCUUCCUCGUGGCGACCUAUGGCGGCCGGCGGGUGCAACCACGAUGAAGCAAAGCUACGUGAGGAGGAGGAGGAGUUGCUGUCCAACGGUGAGGGCGAUCAUGGCGAGCCCGCAAGAAGCGCCGGCUAAAGAGAAGACGGCGGUAGCGAGUACGGAGACGGCGAUGGUGACGACAACGGUGACGAGGACGGCGGCGCCGGCGACGGUGUACCGGGACAACUGGUUCGACAAGCUGGCCAUCGGGUACCUGUCCAGGAACCUUCAAGAAGCUUCCGGGUUAAAGAACGAAAAGGAUGGCUACGAGAGCCUGAUAGAUGCCGCCCUGGCCAUCUCAAGAAUCUUCAGUCUAGAUAAACAAAGCGAGAUUGUGACACGAGCUUUGGAAAUAGCAUUUCCAAGCUACAUCCUCACAAUGAUCAAAGUGAUGAUGCCACCUUCAAGAUUAUCCAGGGAGUACUUUGCUGCAUUCACCACGAUAUUCUUUCCUUGGCUGGUUGGACCGUGUGAGGUCAUGGAAUCUGAAGUUGAUGGAAGGAAAGAGAAAAACGUGGUAUAUAUCCCCAAAUGCAGCAGAUUCCUCGAAAGCACCAAUUGUGUUGGUAUGUGCACGAACCUUUGCAAGAUUCCAUGUGAGAAGUUCAUCCAAGAUUCCCUUGGCAUGAAUGUCUACAUGUCUCCUAAUUUUGAAGACAUGAGCUGCGAGAUGAUAUUUGGACAGCAACCUCCUGAAGAUGACCCUGCAUUCAAGCAGCCAUGCUUACGGACAAAAUGUAUUGCACAGCAGAAUCAUGGUGUGAAUUGCUCCACUUGAUCUGAAAGAAAUUAUCAAUAGUUAGAUUCCAAGUCAGUAAAGUGUGUAGUUCCAUUUCCUUCAUUCCUUCGGGAAGCAGAACUAGAACCAUCAUUGUUUUUUAGUGCAACAUUUCAGCAUGUUUGGUACAUUAACCAUUCACUGUAUACAAAAGCAAUUUAAGAGGAAAUGAAAGACACCCAUGCCCAACAGUAACCAUUUUAAGGUACAUCCUCUACAUAUGUUAAAAAAGGAACUGAAAAGCAAUGAAAGGGAGCAUGGAAUUGCUGGUUUCACAAAAUUAUAAUGUUAAUAAGACAAAUUAAAUCUAUGCCACCAUUUGCAGAGGUUCUAUUUGGUUGA